UACUGUUCGAGGAUGUGCAAGCUCUUGAGGACGGCAGCUACAAAAUACGAGCCGUUACUCGAAGUCCUACCACGCAAAGCAAAAGAGCUCGCCGGCAGAGGUGUGGAUAUUGUCCAAGCAGACAUCAACGAUGAAGCAUCCCUUCUCAAAGCGUUUGAAGGUUCUACGGCAAUUUUCGGCAUGACGGACUUCUUCGAGCCGUUCGUUGUGCAUGGAUACGAGAAAGCCAUUGAGAUCGAGGCAACGCAGGGCAAGAAUUUGGCGCGAGCAGCUUCAAAGACCCUAACACUCAAACAUUACAUCUGGAGCACACUUCCCAACGGAGAGAAGCUGACCAACGGCAAAUGGAGGAUUCCUCACUUCGUGGCCAAGAAUAUCGUUGACGAUUUCAUCAAGCAAGAUAAAUCCCUGCUUGCGAAGACCACCUUUUUCUGGAUAACCUUUUAUGCAAACAAUUUCCAGUACCCGAUCUUCACGCCAAACCUGUUGAAAACCUCGGGGAAAUACGUGCAACUCUCCUCUGCAGCAGCUGAUUUGCCUAUCAAGACCAUUGGCAGUCCCAGCGGCAAUAUAGGCAUCUUCGCUCUGGCGAUCCUGAAACAACCCCACAUCACGCUCCCUGGAAGAUUUGUGUGUGCUCACGUUGAAGACACAACCACUGAGAAGCUUCUUCAAGAUUGGAGUGCGGCUACUGGCAAGCCUUCCGAGUACGUGGAGGUCAGCUUGGACUCUUUCAGUAAGAUUUGGCCAGGCUGGGGUCAGGAGAUGGGUAGCAUGAUGAAGAUGUGGGACGAAUUGCGCGAGCGAGCUUGGUCCGGUGAAGAAGGUAUCUUGGUAAAGGAAGAUCUGGGCAUCGGAGAUGCCCAUUUUGUAGGAGUCAAGCAGGCGGUUGCAGAAAUGGAUUGGAAAGCUUUGCUUUGA